GCCUGAGGAAGAGGAGGACAAGAGGAGCAUGACCGUGAGGCGCCAUUCACUUACCACUCGGUCUGCAGCACGAUGCCACGAUGCAAACGAGCGAGCAUACGGCGCGAAGAGAGCAGCGCCUGGGCACUCCGCCGAGAGGACGCGUCGAGAGCGCCCAGAGGGCUAGCCAGCGCCUUCGCGGGGCUGGUGUGCGCCAGGCGACAAGCCCAGGCAGGCGCGCAGCCUUGCGGCUGACGCCGUCGGCGCCGCUUCCGGGACCCACGUCCUGCCUGGACGGCGCUGCCGCCGACCCCUUUCCGAGGCGGCUGGGGGCGGGGGAGUGCGAUGGCUGGCCCAUCUUCGGGGGGCGAAGGAAAAUUAAAUCCGAUGUAGAUGGAGCGGCGGCAGCAGCAAAGGAAAGCAAGAGGGCGGGCGGGAGCAUGGGGGACCAGUUUGUGUGUGGCAACACCCUGACAGCAGAAGCCCAGGUCACGCCACCAUUUCAAAUCGGCUGGUGAGGAACACGCACCCAAUAAAUACGGCAGCCUUCGACAUAACUCAAGCGCACCAGGCCACAAACGCAACGGCCGAUGCCAUGACUCUGGCCUCGCUGCGAUACAAAUGUCACCAGGUUCUUCCUAUCAGCGUCGAGCACCUGUGUCUUGAAACACGACACACACCGGCGACAUGCCUUGUGCACGCGCCAUGCAAAACCAUGCAUACACUUUGGGCCGCCUUGCCAUGCCCUCUCCUCCGCCGCGUCUUUCUUCGUGGCGUGGGCCCCCAAGGAUCUCGCCCCCUUUCUGGGGGUGAGCUUCUCAUCCUGACUCGUUUUUGUCG